UAAUGAUAACGAUAUUGCUUGAAUGGCGAAAGAGUAAAACAUGGAGACAAAAGUUCAGCGCGUUUAAGGCUGACAUCUGUCCUCUAGAUAAGCGCUAGACGCAGACGUUUGAGUCAGUCACUAGUUAGCACAUGCAUGCUAGCAGCUGCUAGCUUCGAAGCAUCUAUAGUAUGUGCCGUUGUUUCUAUUUUAAUUGGUCCUCACUUCAGGAAAUGGAUGAAGCUUUUGCAGACAUUUAAAGAGCUAUAUUGGCUUUCCGUUGGUAUAAAGAAACGUGUCAUUAGCGACACAAUGGGACGCAGAAAGUCUAAAAGAAAGCCACCACCCAAAAAGAAAAUGACGGGCAACCUGGACACCCAGUUCACCUGUCCUUUCUGUAACCACGAGAAAUCCUGCGAUGUCAAGAUGGAGAGAACCCGGAACACGGGAAUUAUAUCAUGCAGUGUGUGCUUGGAGGAGUUUCAGACUCCGAUAACAUAUCUUUCUGAACCUGUGGACGUUUACAGUGACUGGAUUGAUGCCUGCGAAGCAGCCAAUCAGUAGUCAUGUUUACCUAGCUCAUACCUUCAGUUUAACCUCACCCUGGGUUCACCUAAUGUAGCCAAACAGUUUGUUUUCUCUGAGUUGUGUCACAUUCUUAGUUCCACAUUUGCUGACUAGGUCACAUUCCUCUGGGUCAGAGUGACGCCACACGGACAGUGACUGGUCUCCAUCACGGUUCACAGUGUAGAUGUAAACAUGUUCAAUGAUUGUAUUUUGUAAGUCAAGAUUUAAUUUGUAUUUCCUGUUAUGGACCAAACUGUCAUGGAGUUUUCUCACCAUUUUGUUUUUUUUAAAUAUGGUUUUUCCUUUAAACAAAAAUAUAAUCAGUCAUUUCCUUUUCUCUCUAAUAUUCUGAAGGGUGAGAAUGGACGUUUUUAAAAUUUUUGUUUUUAGGUUUUGAUAAGUUUCGACCUUUUAUCAAUGAUGCACUGAAAAACUUUCCCAAUUUUGUUUAACCCUGUGGAUCCACAAUCACGUACUUGCUUUCACACCACUGUGAUGUAUUUUGAAUUUGUACCUUUUAAGUGCUGACAGUGAUUAAAACAAUAAAAUCACA